GGGAGAAGUAGCUCUUUAAGUAAAAACUGACUAGUGACUAGUAAUACUGAUAAGUGUGAUAAUUACUGUAUCAGGCUUGAUUUCGAAGGAUACGACAGCGCAGCAGUCACUGAAAAGGAAAAGUCUCCACUCCAUUGAAGUCGGAUGCACUUCAACUUUUCCCUUCCCUUUCCAGUCUAUUCCUUUCUUCAUCGUUUCCGCUCAUUUCUUCCCACCCAAAUCUCUCUAAGCGAGCUUCCAGAUAAAUCUCCACCCAUCCUCUGAACAGAAAUCUUCACCAGGACUAUCCCGUGACUCUCGUGAAUUUCUCCCUGCAGCUCCGAUCGGCAAAGCCUUCACGCCCUCCCCUCCCCGACCUCCGGCUCCCGACUGUCAGCUGGAUCGAGCUGAGAAACAUUUCAUCCGCCCCUUUGAAACUUGUUUUGAGGAUUUAGAAAUGGUGGCGGAGGGAGUGAACUGAUUGGAAUCGAUAUUCCAAUUGCGGGAAUAGAUGAAGCACAGGAAGGCGGCGGCGACGCAGCAGCAGCAGCUCAAGUCUCACUAUAAAUGGAGGAGAAAAGUGUUUGCUAUGGUGCUGCUAGGGUUCUGCUUAUGCAGUCUGGUUCUGAUGCAGACGCAGUACAGUCAAAUCAUGGCGCUCAGUGCGCGGUUCCGUCACGAGCAGCAGGUGCCGCCGAGGAUCGCCUUCCUGUUCAUCGCUCGGAAUCGGCUCCCCCUCGAAGUAGUAUGGGAUGCGUUUUUCAAGGGUGAGGAGUCGAGAUUUUCAGUUUUUGUCCAUUCCAGGCCUGGAUUUCUAUUCAACGAGGCAACGACAAGGUCGGAGUAUUUCCUAGAUCGCCAACUUAACGAUAGCAUUCAGGUAGAUUGGGGAGAAGCUAGUAUGAUUGAGGCAGAGCGUAUAUUACUUCGACAUGCACUUGAGGAUCCUUCGAACAAGCGCUUUGUUUUCCUCUCAGACAGCUGCAUACCUCUUUACAACUUCAGCUACACAUAUGACUAUGUUAUGUCAACAUCAACCAGUUUUGUAGACAGCUUUGCUGAUACAAAAGAUGGUCGCUAUAAUCCAAAGAUGGACCCAGUGAUCCCUGUAGAUAACUGGAGGAAAGGAUCUCAGUGGGUUGUUCUGAUCAGAAAGCAUGCUGAGGUUGUAGUGCAGGACAGUACUGUCUUUCCUGCUUUCCAAAAACAUUGCAGGCGGAAAUCGCUACCUGAGUUCUGGAGGGAUCAACCCUUUCCUACUGAUCCAUCUAAAGAGCACAAUUGUAUACCUGAUGAACAUUAUGUCCAAACAUUAUUAGCUCAAAAGGGCCUUGAGAAAGAAAUCACAAGAAGAUCAUUGACGCACAGUUCAUGGGAUGUUUCAUCAUCCAAAGACCCCAAACGCCGUGGAUGGCAUCCUGUUUCCUACAAGUUUUCUGAUGCUACUCCCAUGUUGAUACAAUCAAUCAAAGAUAUCGAUAAUAUUUACUACGAGACUGAGUACCGACGUGAGUGGUGCACCAGCAAAGGGAAACCUUCAAUGUGCUUCCUUUUUGCAAGGAAAUUCACACGCCCUGCUGCCCUCCGCCUCCUCAAUAUGCAGUCUGAGCUCGGAGUCCAUAAAGCAACAGGCAAUCCCUGAUCCUCAUGGUGAUAAGGUAAUUGAACAAAACUAUUUUUGACCCCACAAUAACACGGAAGGAUUAAAGUAUACAAAGUGGAGCUUAAUGUAAAACUGAAGAGAGAGAGAGAGAGCUCUAAAUUAGAGUCACUACAAGGCAAUUGGGGUACCAAAUCAUCCUAGAUGUACUAUGUGUUGUUGUGUCUUCGUUUUCUUUUCUUUAUGUAGUGAUUAGUGUGUGUGCAGUAUUGGGUCGCCAACGUCACGCCUUGUAUAUUUGUGCUGUGCAUAGAAGGCGGUUUUAAUUGAUAGCUACAGAAAUAAAGAUUGAAAUCCAUAGUACUACUACUCCUGAUGCAGAUACAAAUUGGAUGGUGGUGGUAUCUGGCGUUAGUAUUUACUAUUUAGAACUCCUUAUAUACUCACUGUAUGCUGGAUGAACUGAGAAGUGAGAAACUGAGAAUCCCAUUUAGACUCGCUUAUUGUAAAUUCAUGAAUGGGCUGGGCCUGUAGGCGGGCCUCCAGAGGUGAUCACUGCAACCCGAAUGGAGGCAGGUGUGGAAAUUGAGCCCAAACUGUGAAAUGGAUAAGAAAACACGUGACCACAU